GAAAAUACACAAAAUGAAAAUCGUAUUAUUAUUAUAAGUUUAUUGUACGGUUUAUUGAUUGGGUUACGUCGUUCUGAUCAAUUGAAUAAUAAAAAGUAUAUUUUUGAAAAAUUGUUAAAUGUAACGACGACUGUCAGUACGAAUGAAUUAAUGGUUGAUUUAGCUGUUAAAAUACUGGCUAGUAUGCUGAAUAAAUGGCAAGAUGAUUCGUUUGAUGUAUUAGUGAUUGGAGUCUUGGAGGAAAUUUACGAAUGUUUAGAAAAUGUCAGUAUCGAAGAAAAUGUUAAUAAACUGUUAGCUUGGUUUACGAAGGCGUUAGUUAUGCGAAAUUCUAAAUACGGCAUAGACUUAAUUUGCGUUAUGUGUAAAAGACUGAUAACAGUUAAAUCGUUGGCUACCAAUUUUGCGAUACUAUUACAUGAUAAUGAAGUACUUUGUUCUCAAAAUGAUUGUCGAAUUUCAUUAUUGUAUCGUCAAAAAAUUACAAUGAAUUGUUUAAAAGAAAUUUUAGAAUCACGUAAAAAUGAUCGAAAACUUCAAUAUAAUGUCGCAAUUCUAAAUUUAUUAAUAUAUUUACCCCAGCAAUUAUUUGUACUUUAUUUUAAAGAGGUUAUUGAAGUAAUUAUUGAGUGCCUUGAUUCCAAUAUCCCAUUUUUGUGUUUAAUGGCCUUAAAGAAAAUCGAAUAUAUUGUGAUAAAUGAGAAAGAAUUAUUUGUUACGUAUUUGAGUGAUAUCACACCUAUUUUACUAAAAUUAACAGCAUCCGAUUCCAUGGAGGUUCGAUUAAGUGCUUUAAAAUGUUUGGAAUAUAUAAUGGAUUCUCCAACUCAUUUGGUUACACCGUUUAAAGUUCGUGUAAUACAUGGAUUGGCAAAAUGUUUGGAUGAUCCUAAACGAUUAGUAAGAACCCAAGCAAUUAAAACACGUCUGGCUUGGUAUAAGUGUGGUAACGAUAGAUAACAUUUUUAAAUAUCGAUUUUUCAGUUGUUUUAUUAUAUUUUCAAAGUGAAACUUCUAUUGUGUCCAUAUUUAAAAAAAUAAUAUAAUUUUGAUUGACCCCGAAAGGAUGAGAUAAAAACAUGGAAAAUUAUUCCAAAAAUUAGUAAUAUAGAAAUUUAUAGAAGAUGUUUAUUUAGAAAAUCUAUUUUCCGUUUUCCAAUUUUUGUUCUUGCUAGAAAUUAAGUUUUUUUGAGAAAACUGGAAAAAUCAUGAUCCGAUUUCCACUCUAGUUUAAUAAAAUUUCAGUUCAGUUUUUUCGUUACACAGCUCAUGGCCUUAUGAACCUAUUAAAUCGUUUUUGUAC